AUGACGAAGUCCAAAUUCACAAUAGUCUUGAGCCUUGUGACCAUCUUGACCUCUCUCAUCCAUGAAGUCACCGCCAUUCACCACAUGCGCCUGACACCCGUAAUUCUCGCGACAACAGACACAUCCACGCGACCCUUCCGAAUCACAAACCACUGCCCCGUCGACAUCUACCCAGCAAUCCAAACCCAAGCAGGCAGCGGCCCAACAUUCGGCGGCUAUCAUGCCAUACCCGGAAACACAACCAGCUUCAACGUCAGCGCUGGAUGGCAAGGGCGGAUAUGGGCACGCACAAAUUGCACAUUCAAUGAAAAUGGGACGAGUCUGAAUGGGACCGGGGCGGAUGCUUGUUUGACGGGGGAUUGUGGCGGGCUGUUAAAUUGCCAGGGGACUGGAAAACCAGCUACACUCGCAGAAUUCACAAUGAUAGGCAGCAUGAAUCUGUCAUACUACGACAUUUCGCUAGUCGAUGGCUACAAUCUCCCAUUGGGAAUAGUGUCACUGCAUAACGAGUCAAGCGACCCUGAGCUUCAAAACAUUCCAUCAAAUACAACAAACCCGGUCUGUAUCGGAAGUCCGAACUUUUUAGAAGCUGCGAACCAGCUUGAGAAUAGUACGACGACAAUACCGUCCAACUCAACCAUUGGCAGUAUCACCUAUUCCACGCCAUUGGAGAUGACGCUAGGGACACACGCAGUUUCGCGGUGGUGUCCCUGGCCACUUCAGAUCCAACCACCCUGGAAACCCGGCGCGGGCGUAUAUCCAUAUCCUGACGAUGGAAUUGCUCGUCCGGAUUUCGAUCCUUGUCUGUCUCUAUGCUCGAAAUAUGGAACGUCGGGUUAUUGCUGUACGGGGAAACACGAUACGGCGGAUAAAUGUAGCCCGAAUCUGUAUAGUAAGGCUGCGAAGACGGUGUGUCCGGAUGCGUAUAGCUAUGCUUACGAUGAUACGACUUCGACUUUCACCGUCCAGCAAGGUGCUGGGUUUGAGGUUAUUUUUUGUCCGUCUGGUCGGUCAACGAAUAUCCAGAAGUCGUUGGCUAGCUAG